CUCCCGGAUAUUAAAUUCUCUGCUCUGGAGUGCUUGAAUAUAUUAUAUCUCAAAGUUGGUAAACGCUCUCGAGCGUGCGCGUGGAUAUUUUGCGAAAGAAGCGGCAAAAGGUCGAAGAAUAUUAUUUGAUUUGAACACACGAGAAUAAAAGUUGUUUCAAAAUGGCAAAUAUUCGUCUAACUCAGAAUAUCGAUGAUGAAGAAGAAGAAUUAAAAAGAGAUAGAAUGAGCGAUUUGCAAAGACGUUUAACGAAAGCAAAAAUGAGCUGUAACAUGUUUGAGGGAAUCAGUGAGACUGAAUUAUAUCAUGGCUUAAGAUUAGUGGCAUCAACUGCAUUGGUUGGAACUUUAGAAGAAAUUUGCUAUUGCAGCGAAACCAAAGAAUAUCUCGUGCUGGAAAUCGGAACGAUGGUUCACAGAUAUUCGAUGCAAGGAAAACCCAUCAGACCACCGUACGCGCUCGGUUCGACAAUGUUAUUUACGAAAAUGGUGUGGUGUUCUGCGCCAAAAAUUUUCGCUUGUUACAUUCCUCACGACGAUAUGGUCUGGCUUAUCAAUACUUCUUGCAAACUCCUGCAAAUUCUUCGCAACGAAUUCAGAAUAGAAAACAUAUUUUACUCGUCCGUUGCCAAUCAGAUUGUAGUCGUUGGAACUAAUAAACUAACGCGGCAGAAUUGAAUGUGGCUGGUUCAUACUUGACAAACAUCUACAUAAUGUCUCUAAGAUCUGACAUCGUAAUCGAAGGCUCUGCCCAAUUUGUCAACAAAAGAUUGGGUGUAACGACAUCUGGAAUAACAGCAUUAUUA